GCACUUGAUUGAACCUUCCUUGGCUCUCCUUACAUGCAUGUCUCUUUGAGAGACUCCAUUAUAUAACUUGGCCACAUGCAAGUAGAGUUGUAACUAAUUAAACCCGCAUACAAUUAAAAUUAAAACAUGAUGAAGCUCAUCAUCACUCCCACUCUUCUUCUUCUUCUUCCUCUCAUUGCUUUCAUAUUCACAAUCACUGAGGCCUCCACCAUUGAACACAACAACACUGGUUCAGUACUCACCAUUGAUCCCGCCAAACUGAGCUUUAAGUUUGCAGUGUCUUGGCCACAGGGCUUCUGCAAGAUCAACACAUGCUGGCAUCCGCCAGGCAAGCCAUUGGUCUUGCCUAAAUUCUUCACCAUCCACGGUCUCUGGCCCAAGUACAAUGGACAAUGCACCGAUUCGCACCAGAAAUACGACUUCAAACUACUUCAUCGCAUCUAUGGAAAUCUUAAGACCUAUUGGCCUAAUAUUAAGAGCAGUCUCAGGCCAGAGAAGUUCUGGGGCGACGAGUGGAAGAAACAUGGCAUAACAUGUGAUAUAUUCGGCGUGGAGGAGUAUUUCGCAGCGGCUCUGGACUUGUAUCAAAGAGUCCAGACUGGUCUAAACCAGCUAAAGGACCAACCGUGGAAAAAUACGGCCGAUUCCAUUCGGAACUUGAAUGCAUUUCAAGGGAAGAAACCAUUUGUGUUGUGCAAGGAAGUGGGUGUGGGCGCGGGAAAGAAAAACUAUUUGGAGGAAUUAAGGUUUUGUGCCAAUGGGUACAAACAGUUAAUCAACUGCGAACCUCAAUCUUUACAAGACCAGUACUGUUCCGAACCGUUCAAAUAUAGUGGAGCAUUCUUGGAGUCCUCGCUCGGCAUGGUUGAUCAAGAAGAGUUCGUGGGAGGUGUUGUGGCAUAAUAAUAUGAUGUUAUGGACUUAUGAUUAAAAUAAAUAAAUGGUUGUAAAAUGCCAUCUUACCCAUUGGGUGUACCCUCGAAGAGAAUUAAAAUUGCUAAAUCAAUAGAAUUGGGUAAGAAGUUUAAAAAAAUUGCAUAAAAAGAAACACUCUUUUCAUAU